AAGCCGCACAGAAACAACAGCUAAAGACGGACGAUAAGAAACCCGCAAAAGAGUUUACACCUGAUAAAUCUCAAGAUAACUCGCAACCCGAGAACCUUCCAAAGCAACAAAAUUCUGACAAGGAACCUCAACCCGCAUCAACGGCUCCACCUGCGCAAGAUACUCAACCCAACUACCAGGCGAACAAUCGGGCACCUGGGCUGACCUCUACUGCUCAGCAAAAGCAAAUAACGGUGAAAAUAAACCCAUAAAGGAUUCAAACCCUGAAACAUCUGAGCAAAAUUCUCAAAAUCCUCAACAACUAAAUCCCACCAACGGUCAACAACAAAACUUCGCUGCUGAGAACUUAGAUACAAAAGACAAGCAAAAACCCAUCGAAGAAAGUGCCCUGCUAAAACCAAACUUGAAGGGCGGAAAACAUCAAGUGGAAGACCAACCCAAACUCGCAGCUAAUUCUAAGCCCGCUUCUGGCGUGAAGUCUAUGGGGAAAAAACCCGGUUGGCGUGCCCGCGUAUAGCUACAAAGAUUUGGUUAAGCAAGAGUUGGAAGCCAUAAAGGAUUCACCGUCUACUAAACAGUUUAAAGCUGAUGUCUUGAAGGAGGUGCAAGUCAAACUUAAAUCUGGCACCUUCCCUCAGAUCGAUACAUCAAAGGUAUUCGUCAGGCACAAAGUAGAAAAGCCGCAUAGGAAACACAGAGUGACCAAACCGAAACACAAGAAAGCCGAAGCCAAACAUGCAAUCGCGCACAAGAAAGGGCAAGGGAAAUAUGCAACCGUGCACAAGGAAGACGAAGCCAAACAUGGAAUGGUGCACAAGAAAGGCGAACCCAAACAUGGAAUCGUGCACAAGAAAGACAAACCCAAACAUGGAAUCGUGCACAAGAAAGCCGAAGCCAAACAUGCAAUCGCGCACAAGAAAGGGCAAGGGAAAUAUGCAACCGUGCACAAGGAAGACGAAGCCAAACAUGGAAUCGUGCACAAGCAUCGCAAGCUACAUGAUAAAAAGAAGAAGGGAAGGAAAGCUGCAAAGAAAGCGAAAUUGCAUCGUAGAAAGAAGAAACAUCAUUUAAGAAAAUAG